GGGUUUUGGCUCUGCCCCUGUCCUGUUCUUCGUUCGAGGCUUCCUUGAGAAUCCGCUUCACAAACGAAUCCAUUUCCCUCUUCGGGUCUGUCUGAUAGAUUGGAUUCUGAACUUCCAACAUUUAAUUCCUCAUCUGCUUCAUCUCUUUCUUCCGACCUCAAGUCCCAACUACUCAGUUGGAUAGCGGAGUCCGUGUUUGGAGGAGCUACAAUUGCUUCUGUAAUCGGGAUAGCGAUGGGUUCUUGGGCUUCGUAGCAUGAGAAAAAAUGCUUUCUUUAAGGGAUUUCUGGAGAAGGCAUAGGAGGAAGGUUUUUGUCAGUGCUGGCGUUUUGGGCACUGGCUAUUUGUUGUAUAAACUCUAUGAUGCUCAUAACAAGAGGCUCGCCGAUCUUGAAAAGGAACUCGCCAAUGAACGGGAAAAUGAUGAGCUCCUCAAAGCCCAUAUGCAAGCCCACUUUGAGAACAUUCAAAGAAUCGCUGAUGCGUCGACAUUACCCCACGCGAUGCACUAUCUCAGCUGCCGGGUAGCAGAAGGGUUGGAUCUUUCGCACUUGAUGGAGAGGUUAAUGAAGGGGAGGGGUCAGCCCAAUACUUUGAGUCAAGCGGAGAAACUUGAGUUGUGGGAUAAACUGAAGAUUCUAAGUUUCACGAGAAUGGUACUUUCACUCUGGGCAAUGACAGUGCUUAGCCUAUACAUUAGGGUUCAAGUCAACAUACUGGGAAGACAUUUAUAUAUUGAUACUGCCCGAGGCCUCGGCAGCUCUCAACUUGAGGAUUCCAAUCUCAUUGACAUGGAGGACCAAGAAAAGUUUCUCGCAAGUGCCGAUUUUCUGUCUAAUCAAGGCUUGCCCGCCUUAAUAUCGAAUAUGCAGGCAGCUGCUACAGAAGUUCUCAAGGGAAAGCAGUUGAGGGAUAACUUCAGCAGCAUCACGUUACGUGAAACGAUCAUGCAGAUAAUGGACACAUUCAUGAGCAUGGGAAGUCCACAUCACUGGGUGGACUAUAUGAUGCAUCAGGAUGCAAAAUCAUGUAGUCCAGCUUCACCUUCGAGCACGGAUGGAUCCAUUCUUCCUAGUGCCACCAAGUUCGACCAGCUUAUGAUGGAGGCUCGCAUGGUGUUGUCAAGCGAGGAAUUCAGAAGCGUGGUUGACACAUCCUUUAACAUAGUGGCGAAUGCUUUAGUGGAGGAUUUCGAAGUUCAAAAUGCAGAGAAUCCCGGGACACCUCUUGCGAAGCUUCUGCCACGAGUUGCUCAGGUUGGGCCCUUGUUGCUCGAGGAACCGAACAAGAACCGAUUCAUCCAGAUAAUUCGCAACGCGCCUGAAGUUGAAGUCUUCUUCACUCUUCUGUAUGCCAACAUGCCAUCCUCAUAGCGCUGACCCCGGGGAUUGCUUCUAGUUAGUUCUCCCACUCAAGGUAUCCGAUAUGUGUAAAGAGCUUAGAAGCGAACUAGCUCGGGUUUGGGAUUCUCAACACUUUGAUAGAAAUAAGUUGCAAAGACGGGUUUAAGGCACGCGAUUGGUGUUAUUCUUUCCUUCCCUUGUACCUUGUCAAUCAUUGAACCAUCUUUUGGUUUGUGAAUUGUAACGCCUUUCCUUGAAAAAUCUUUUGUCGUUCGGUACUCGGGUUUGUGGCAGGAGGAGAUCUCUAGAUAGAACUUGUAAGACGAUUAUGAUAAAUUUGUAGUAUAAAACUAUUUUAAAAUGAAGUUCCGAUUUGUUUUC